AGUCGCAACGAAAUUGGUGAGAAGGAAGAGAUGCAAGGAGUGUAACGCCUUUGUCACACUUUGUAAAGAGGUGAAGUGUGAGGAGUGUACAAGAGAGGAGAGUGAAGAAAAUAAAAUGUUACGUGACCGCUGCAGGAGUGAGGUUCAGGACGGUCAGGAUGGUGUUGUGAGGUGUGCCGAGGCUGGUUCCACGCCAAAUGCCAAACAAAUGUGGGUGUCAAGAAGUCAAGCUUUUGGAUGUAUCAUGCCAAGAGUCCUUCAACAGAUGACAGGUGUCACAGAAGUGGCUGGGGGCUGGCUGGGGAGUAUGUCAAGGAGGGUGAGCCAUGCCCUUGGAGUGGAGGAGGCAAGGCACAGUAUACAGAGGAGGCAUAGAAGAGCUUUGGACCUCAGGAAUAAGAUGUGUCAAGCAGCUAUGUGGCUGGCUGCCACACCGACCAGAGGGAUGGCCACUGCCAGCCUCUCUUUUGAGACUGUUCUGUCAGAGGAGAACAAGAACAGUUUGAAGGUGCGCCUGGCGAAGACAAAGAGUCCUCGGCUGCGGGACCUGAAGGGUGGCAAGCCGAGAGCAGCUGUGUUGGUGCCUCUAUGCCAUGUUGAGGGAGAGUUGAGUUUGCUGUACACACUGCGCUGCCUCUCCCUGGAUGCCCAUGCUGGCGAGAUGUGCUUUCCUGGGGGCAAGGUGGACCCAGAGGAUAGGGACGAGGUGCACACAGCUCUGAGGGAAGCCCAUGAAGAGGUUGGACUUGUUACAGGAGAGAAUGUGGAAGUGCUUGGGACGCUGCCUCCUAUACCAAGCCGUGCAGAGGGUACCCAUGUGGUGGGGGUGCUGGCCUAUGUGGGGCACCUGAACCCUGCUGCCUUCACCCUCAGCCCUGGGGAGGUGGAGGCUGUCAUAGCUGCCUCCCUCAAAAACCUCUGCCAUCCUGUCUUUGUGCGUCAGACUCAAUUUCGUUCUACCAAAUUUCCCCCUGGGUACACCCUUCCAGUGUUCCUGGGCACUGAGCCCCGGGUGUGGGGCCUCACGGCCAUCCUCACCCACAUGACACUCACUGCCCUUCUUCCAGGCCUCUACUCCCACCACCUGAGGCACAUACCACCACUACGAGCCUGAGAAGGAGGAGGAGGAGGAGGAGGGCAGUUUGCUCUGAGGCUUGUAUAGAAUGGACUGUGUAAUAUAUGUACAUGGAAAUAUAUACAUACUGAUUGAUAAGAUUUUGUAUCAUUUAUAAACUGUUGUAUACAGGGAUAUGGUAACCUUACCAUCACUGCAUUGUAUACUGUGACUUGUUGUACACUCAGCUGACCAUAUAACCAGCGUGGGGCCUUGGGAUGUCAUAUAAGUAUCUCUAUAUUUCAUAAAACAUGACUAAAAAGGGAUAGAAUAAGAAAACUGGGGAUUCCCUCCUUGACUGGUUCAUUUCUGUGAUGAGCUUUGUCAUAUAAUCUCUCAUUUUCUCCAUAUGAGCAGACUGCCUCUCCCACUCCACCACUGCCAUGUGUAGGCCAGAUGGCUUCUUGCAGCUUCCCUUAUUUUUUAUUAUGUUCUCGUUAACAGACACACAAAACUCUCUAUCAAUCCUAUUCACAUUACUAGUGGAACAAUUCCCUCCUUGACUGGUUCAUUUUUAUGAUGAGCUUUGUCAUAUAAUAACCUCUCAUUUUCUCCAUAUGAACAGACUGCCUCUCCCACUCCACCACUGCCAUGUGUAGGCCAGAUGGCUUCUUGCAGCUUCCCUUAUUUUAUUAUGUUCUUGUUAACAGACAUGCAAAAUUCUCUAUCAAUCCUAUUCACAUUACUAGUGGAACCUCUUGAAUAUUUAGUUCCAUUACCUGAAAUAUAAAUUUAUUUUACCUUAUCUCCACAUUGUUGUCUCUCAUGUAAUUUGGUGGUGCACUAUUAUGCUGUUGUGCAGUGCCUUCUUAAUUUCUUUCCUUUCACUGUGUGCUCGAAGAUCCUUUCCUCUAUUGUAAUGGUUUCUCUCUUUCCAUGCUUCUUUAUAUGCAUUGCCUCAAAUCCACACAUGGAGCUUAUUUGAAUUUUUCCACUGUUGCUUCAUUCAGCUUAAUUUUACACUGUGCUAUCAGUCUUAAAUUUAAAAUUAUAUAUCAUCUUCCUUCUUCUAUGUAUUUACAUUUACUUUUAACUAUGUCUCUGAAAAAACAAUGCUUAGUUUUGGAGAUCCUUUUCAUUCCUUACAAUCAACACAAUGUUACCUGCAAAACAUUUUGGUCAGCUCUCAUGUGGCAUAAUCUGUAAGCAGAUUUACUUCACAUGGGCAACACUUGGUUCCACCUCUCAGUACUCUGUUCAUAAACAAAUGACCUCUGUGACAUUGCACAUCUUUAACCAAGUUCCCAAAUAUUCUGAAACCUAAUGAAAAAUACAUAUAUACUUUGGUCUGUCACAGAGGUCAUUUGUUUAUGAACAGAGUAAGUAAUUGCACAAGUAAGAAAUUGCAUAAGCCUAAAGGCUUCUCCUUUUAGCUUAUUAUUUAAAACAAUCAUGUCAAGUGGUUGCCUACCUCCCAACACAACAUAAGGUGAAGUUAAAUUGUCAUAAACAUUUUGAGAAGACAAGGUGAAGGGGCUGAGUGAUGUGUUGGAAUGGAUCCUUAAUGAGUGCAAAACAUUAUGAGAAAUUCCCUUAAUGAAAGUGUAUCACAAGAUGGGAAGAGAGAAUGUAUUGUUUAUAGGUAUAAGGGAGACUAAAUGUUUCUUUAUUUAAAGAUCAAUAUCACUAACCAUUAUACAGUAGAAUGUGAAUCAUGUGAGAUGCAGAUUCAUUUAAGAAAUUAUCAUGUGAUACUAAUUUAGUUUUUUAUACUUGGGUGAUGGAUGUUGUGUACAAAACACAAGGUUUUCAAUACUAUUUAACUGAAUCAGAAAAAAAGGAAACAUUUACAAAUUUUAGUGUCCUUUGUCUGCACUGGUACAACAAAGUGUUGAUGUUUGUGUCUGAACCACUGCUUGCAUGUGUGGUUCCUUUUCUUGAUAGUGGUUAGCAUGCUUAGCCUACAAAUAAGAAGGCCCAAAUUCAAGUCCUGGGUGUGGCAAGGCAGAUGGUUGAACCUCAUAGUGUGUAGCCCCUGUUCACCAAGUAGUAAGUAGGUAUGGAAUGUAAGCUGAGAGUUUAUGACUUUGCUGUCCUGGUGUGUGGUGUGUGAGUGGUCUCAUUCCUACCCAAAGAUUAGUCUCUAUGAGCUUUUAAGCUCUUUCUGAGGGGAAAGGCUGUUUAGGCAACCAGCAGAUGAUCAUAGGUGAAAAAAUGGCUACUGUUUUCAGAGACAGUAACAAGUGUUUCCACUUAGCUCCCCAGAUGUUUUGAUACUCCUCCUUUAAAGGCAUCUGAGUCAUUAUUGCAAGUAAAGAAACACACUCCAGAGUUUAAAUGAUGAGUGAGAGGACUAUUGUAAGAAUGUCAGUGCCAUGUAAGGCUGGCAGGGUCAUGGUCAGCAGUAGAGUAAUAUGCCACAUUUCCUUCACUUCCUUCAACAGUGUUUAGUGUUUUCCAUCAGUUGUAAGUCCUCUGGUCUGCCUUCAAUCUGUUACAAGUAAAAUUUUGUAAGGAGACUGUCAGCAGAUAGGAAAAAAACUUAGACUAGGAGAAAUUAACAUAUUUGAAGUAAGUCAUCCUUAUCCAGUUGGACAGUUGUAUGUUAAGACCAAAAGGUUUUGUCCCCUGAAAGUCCUUCUCUGAUGGUGAGUAGGUUUGAUGUGAGGGUGAUGUUCCCCUUGGGGGCUAUCAACCAAGGCUGUCAAAGUCCCUGUCCCUGAAGCUGACUGCACCAUGUGAUGCAGCUCCCCAGUGUGGUGCAUCUCAUGGCGGCCAGCAGCAUUGCCACUCACACUCACUUCCUUCCACAAGAACAGUGGAAGUGCAGGAUGCCUCUCACAGCCUGGUUCAGAGCCCAUGAAGGCAGCAAGAACCAUCAAGUUGUGGAAAAGCUGGACAAAGUGCUGGAAGAGUGUGUCUCUUGAAUGUUUAUCUUGCUGCCAUAAGUCCACACUACUGCUGGAUGGGAGAUAGCUGAGUGUGAAGAUGAAGACCAAAAUGAGCAAGAUGUUCCUAGGUUCUCUUGCAUCUACAGACAAGCUGCCAGUCUCAGUGCUAAGGUCUCUCAAGAAGCGAGAAGGAAGCAUAACAAGAGAAGCAAGAAAAUACAUCAGCUGUCUAGUAUUGUUAAAUGGAAGAAAUGAAGAUGCUGAAGGAUGAGAAGAGGAGCUGAAACUGUUUAAGCUCCAGGUAUUGUUUUUUAUAAGUGGAAUAGAAGCAUACUGAUCACAUUUUUUUCAACUUUAUCUUUCAGUUUGUCUGAUUUCCUGAGAUAGUGAGAGAUGGGGAGAGAAUAAACUUUUUUUUUUUUUAUGUAGGAGGGACACGACCAAGGGCAACAAAAAUCCAAUAAAAAAAAUGCCCACUGAAAUGCCAGUCCCAUAAAAAGGGUCCAAAGUGUUAGUCAAAAAUUGAAGGAUAAGUGUCUUGAAACCUUCCUCUUGAAGGAAUUCAAGUCAUAGGAAGGUGGAAAUACAGCAGCAGGCAGGAAGUUCCAGAGUUUAUCAGAGAAAGGGAUGAAUGAUUGAGAAUACUGGUUAACUCUUGUGUUAGAGAGGUGGACAGAAUAGGGAUGAGAGAAAGAAGAAAGUCUUGUGCAGUGAGGCUACAGGAGGAGGGGAGGCAUGCAGUUAGCAAGAUCAGAAGAGCAGUUAGCAUGAAAAUAGCAGUAGAAGACAGCUAGAGAUGCAACAUUGCGGCGAUGAGAGAGAGGCUGAAGACAGUGAGUUAGAGGAGAGGAGUUGAUGAGACGAAAAGCUUUUGAUUCCACUCUGUCUAGAAGAGCAGUAUGAGUGGAACCCCCCCAGACAUGUGAAGCAUACUCCAUACAUGGAUGGAUAAGGCCCUUGUACAGAGUUAGUAGUUGGGGGGGGUGAGAAAAAAUUGGUGGAGACAUCUCAGAAUGCCUAACUUCAUAGAAGCUGUUUUAGCUAGAGAUGAGAUGUGAAGUUUCCAGUUCAGAUUAUAAGUAAAGGACAGACCGAGGAUGUUCAGUGUAGAAGAGGGGGACAGUUGUCAUUGAAGAAGUGUCAUUGAAGAAGAGGGGAUAGUUGUCUGGAAGGGUGUGUCGAGGAGUUGAUAGAUGGAGGAAUCGAGUUUUUGAGGCAUUGAACAAUACCAAGUUUGCUCUGCCCCAAUCAGAAAUUUUAGAAAGAUCAGAAGUCAAGCGUUCUGUGGCUUCCCUGCGUGAAAUGUUUACUUCCUGAAGGGUUGGAUGUCUAUGAAAAGACGUGGAAAAGUGCAGAAUGGUAUCAUCAGCAUAGGGGUGGAUAGGACAAGAAGUUUGGUUUAGAAGAUCAUUAAUGAAUAAUAAGAAGAGAGUGGGUGACAGGACAGAACCCUGAGGAACACCACUGUUAAUAGAUUUAGAAGAACAGUGACCAUCUACCACAGCAGCAAUAGAAUGGUCAGAAAGGAAAUGAGAUGAAGUUACAGAGAGAAGGAUAGAAGCCGUAGGAGGGUAGUUCUAGCAUUGUAACUACCAUGCAUACUAUUACUUAAGGAUGAAGCAAAGAAAAAACAGCAUUACUCUUUUGUGAUUUAUUUGUCUUGCUAGAACCAUAACUAAGGAAUCAUUCAGUAUUGCACACACUAAUUUUCAACUGAGUCCCCUUGCUUCUGUAAUAGUGUGACCACCUUGUGUUGGUGAGGUGGAGCACGGUAGGAGAUGGAAUGCACACCCACCUGUGACGGCCAUAUUCAAAUGGAGAUUAAUGUCUUUUGUUAUGUUUAGAGAAGAGACAGAGAGGAUGUUGAGUGUGAGCUGUGGUGAGGUGAAAAGGCUGUAAUGUAUUUCAAACUGCAUCAGACUGUUACAUCCUAACUAGACUAUUUUAUAGAAUUACAUUUUUCUCAACACUAGUUAUAUAUAGUAUUAGAUAAACUUGCUGCUGUACAAAAGAAGAGAAAGAUGUAUGUAAUUUAUGGUUUUUACUCUUGAUGAAGGUAAGUCUUUGUGCUUGAUGAAAUUAUUUAUUGUGAACAGAGUGUGUAUGAAUGUUCAGGAAAUUAUUGUGGUGAAGAAGUGGUGAGUGACUGUGGAUUAUAAACAUAUUGGGGGGGACAUUCUGUGGGUCUGUAGAGAGAGAGAGAGAGAGAGAGAGAGAGAGAGAGAGAGAGAGAGAGAGAGAGAGAGAGAGAGAGAGAGAGAGAGAGAGAGAGAGAGAGAGAGAGAGAGAAAAA